AUGCGUCUGCGUACCCAUCGCACGGACUGGGCAUUGCCCAAGCAAGAAAGCAGUAUAGCUCCACCGCAUGUGUGGAGUAAUGCCGAUCAAGACCCAGUACCCCCAGAGAAGUGGACAUGGACAGGCUGGACCUUCACGCAAUACUGGCUGUCAGAUCUCGUCACUGUAUCCACAUGGUCCGCAGCCAGUUCGGCAUAUGCAUCUGGUCUAUCAGCGACAGACACAGUGACCUUGACUUUAGUCGCGGCACUGUGUAAUGCCAUCCCAACAGUCCUCAACGGAUCCGUGGGGGCUGAUCUACACAUUGCAUUUCCUGUUGCUAUUCGUGCCAGCUAUGGUACAUACUUUGGAUAUUUCUGUGUUGCAUCGCGUGCUAUGUUGGCCCUGUUUUGGUUCGGCAUCCAGAGCUCGUAUGGAGGGCAAUGCGUGACUGCCAUGAUUACAGCCAUAUGGCCCAGUUACACAAAUCUACCUAAUCAUCUACCCAAGUCAGCGGCUAUCACGACACAAGGCAUGGUUUCCUAUGUUGUAUAUCAUGUCAUCCAAGCGCCAUUCCUGUUCAUUCCGACCCAUAAGCUCCAGUAUAUGUUCAUCUUCAAAUCUAUGCUUGUACCGCCCAUGGCAUUGGCUAUGGUGAUCUGGAUUUCAGUGAAGGCGGGUGGUGGCGAUGUUAUAUUCAAGCAGCCACCCACGGUUCAUGGCUCCGAGCGUGCCUGGCUGUGGCUCAUGAACAUGACCUCAAUUACAGGUGGAUUUUCAACACUUGCGGUCAACAUCUCAGACUUUUCGCGCUUCAGCAAGAAGCCCGGUAGCCCGGUAUGGCAACUGCCAAUGAUCCCUCUGUUCAAGGUCAUCACUGGCCUAUUCGGUAUUAUAGCUGCCGGUGCAUCCAAACAACUUUAUGGCACCAUCCUAUGGAGCCCGCUAGAAAUCAUUGCUCAAUGGCAAGGGUCCUCUGGCGGACGAGCCGCGGCCUUUUUCUGUGGGACGUUAUGGCUUUUGGCACAGAUCUGCAACAACGUCUCGGCUAACUCUGUCGAUGUGGUUACUAUGUGCCCAAAAUGGAUCAACAUCAAACGCGGAAUGAUCAUGUGCAUCCUCCUAGGCGGAUGGGCACUAUGCCCAUGGAUCAUCAUCAGGAGUGGGAAGACAUUCCUUAGCUUUAUGGGCGCAUAUUCCAUUUUCAUGGCGCCAAUUGCGGGUAUUCUUUGCUGUGAUUACUGGGUCAUCAAGAGACGCAAAUACGACGUGCCGGCCUUGUUUGAUCCCAAAGGAAUAUAUUACUACAGGCUUGGCACAAAUUGGCGUGCUCUCCUCUGUAAUUUGGUGGUCAUCGUGCCUCUUCUCCCAGGUCUGGCACAUGCUGUGACACCAGAUAAUGUCAGCAUUGACACCGGUCUACAGCAUUUAUAUGCUAUCAACUAUCUUUAUGGGUUCAGUCUUUCCUUUGGUCUCUAUUUUGUGUUGAAUCAUGUCUGGCCUAAUAGAGCAUCACUUGUGUCUGCCGUGGUACCAGGUGUUGUUUCUCCUUUGAAUGCAAUGGAUUCGGAUUUGGAGGCGGAGGCGGAUGUGAGCUCGGGAGAUUUGAAGCAAUCAUCUAUCAUGCCAAAGAUAUGA